AUGGUCCCUUGCGCCCAACAGAUCCUCACGCGUAUCUAUACAGGGUCAGGCCUGAGACCAGGACCACCACAUCCGAGGGAGCAUGGCCUCUUAAUGGCAGACAUAUCUUACGCUCUAAUCUUGGGUGCAUACAGGCAGCCUACUCCCGAACUUCUCCGGCUUUACACCUCAAUGUUUUUGUGUGAACUGCGAGUGGUAAAGUUAGAUACAAUGUUCGCUCUCAAGCAGAAUCAUGGGCGAUAUCCGUUCGCGUCCAAAACCAAGUUAUCUCAUGGCUUGCAACCACUUUCUCCGAUGCCAUCAUCACAAACCAACCCGGAAUCAAAUCUCAUAUCAGCUAGUGCCAAGUCAUACAAAGCCCCAAAGACUCGGAGCAGUAGGAGACACCGUGAUUACCCAAAAGUUGAGGGGGGCUGGAACGAGGCUGAUGACACAGAUGAUACAGAUUCUAAGGUUGUUUCCGAGUCAUCACUACACCAACACCAGGAACUACCACUUGGGGAUUCAAGUCCUUCCAAUGCCACUGAAUCCUAUGUAACCCAUGAAAUCCCUGGGACUGGAACUUUUCGUGGAACUCAAGUCGAGGAGCAUAAGGAUAUUGAGAUUCUAGAGACUCUGCAUGAGCUUCGAAAUGUUCUACUCACAUCGCCUCCCUCUAAGAGAUUCCCCGAUGAAGACUUCUGGACUGUGUGCAAUGAUAAGAUAACACAGAAACUAAAGCAACCUGAGUUCGAGAAUUGGUCACACUUGAAGAAGUGGGUUCACCGUGCCACGAACAAGCAAAGGGCUCGUAUUCAUGCUCCGCGUUUAAUGGGAGGGUCCAAGAAGCAGGCUCUGAUACAUGACUGGGUUAUAUGCUGGGCAUACUGGGAACUGUUGGUUCAUGCUGCAAAGUACCGUGACUCGGUUGUUGAAGUCUUUGGACGAGGAAAAUUACUGCAAAUGCUUCGAAAGAAAUUCUCGGUCGCAGAGUCUGAGACCAGCUUCAUGCCUUUCAUUAUCAACGAAAGGCUUUGGGAAGGAAUGCUGCGACGUGAAGCGAGAUUACACCAACCUUAUCGAAAGACUCGGCAUAUAUCGCAGUGUUCCGAGGAGAGCGACUUAGCAGACUACGCCGAUGAAGAUAUCGAGCGUAGCGAUAAUGACGGCAACCCCCCAGCGGAUGAUAUUGAUGCAAUUCCGUCAAUUGAAGUGCUUCAGGCAGCAAGCAGUGAUGAUGGAGACACGUAUCACAGCAACGGCAAUAUCAGUUCCUCGAUGAUGGAACGCAAAGCUGGUCCAGAAGUACAAUACACGCCUCGUACUUUGUUGCACACUUUGAAAACUUUUGAGGAAGAGGGCAAGCGUCGGGGCACUUUCCGAAAACUUGAAGAACAUAGACCUUUGGACGGUGAUUCCCCUUCUGCAAAUUCUGAUACAGAGCAUGCCCUCACCGAUGCAGGAACUAAUCCUGGGCUCACAACACCAGCGAACACGCUGACUACCUCCCAGGAUGGUAGUGGUAAGCAGGCGUUUGCUGAGAUUAUUGGAUGCUCUGCCAGUACCGAUCUGGCUUUUACUAAAUCAGAUGAUCGCCCGGCGAGAACCGGGAAGAGUUCCCAGUUCAAUGAUGCCUACGUACGGGAAUUUGGUCGACCUGGCCGGGAGGCUACUGCGCCUGAGAUUCGACUUGAGAACCGGGAUUUUGCACGGCGACAAGCCACAAGAAAAAGGAGCUCAUUUCUCCCGGUCCAUGUCGAACAGCUCCAGGCCUCUGUUGUUUCACACAGAACUCCUCUGGUGCGGACGGAUAAUGUAGGAGGAGCUUUACACAAGACUUUUGUUAAUUCUGAAUUACCUGUUGAAAUCAAUCUUGGAGCUCGAGGACAAGAGAACAAUAACCACAGCCGGCCUAUUGUUGUGACAACUCGUGUUUCAGGUCUCCCCAAACCGCCUGCUCUCUAUUCUGGAGCUCGCAAGAAUGUCCAGGCACCGUUUCGGAAUGAUCACGUUAACCAUUCUGGCGUAUCUCAAGCUCUUGCUGACGACGACAAAGACGAUGACAAGAAUAUCGGCUCCACAAUGCCGUCACACGAAGCCUAUACUAUGACUCAUGCGCAGGGAAGGCCAGGCCCCAUUGUAAGACAACCGCUCCAUCAAUUUCCAAGUACGACUUUCAAAAACACGUCUUCGCUGGCUUUGGGACAGCCUCCAACCAGAAACUAUGCGGAUCGCGCUUCUGUAGACAAAUCUGCUCCAAAAGAAGCCUCGGCUUCCUUUAGCAAAACCACUGUCAUCACAACUUUUGAUAAUACUAGGGGUGCAAAGGUAACAACUGAGCAGACUGCGACAAAUGACAGAGAUCAACAAGGCCGUAUAGUGGCACCAAUCUCUGACAAUAUGCCCAAGAAACGGAAAAGAAGCAAACGAAGAUCUCAAGCAAAGACGCAGGCGGUUGAGCAACCAAGCGACGCGAAAUCCAACGAAUUGCUCAAAAUAUUGCAAUCACGGCCAAUCUUGACUACGCGCAGGGGUGAUGAUGAUGAUGACCAGCAGCGCCGAGAUCAGAAACGGAAGAGAAACGAGUCAGGUUCAGAGCAACUUACGCAAGACCCAGAUGAUGCAGAUAACCCUAGGAAGACAAAAAAGGCCAAAAGUGCUGACAAGAAGCAACGACCCAAGACAACCGAACAACCAAUGAGCGAAGCUCAUGCCCAACACUCUCAAGGUGCUGGAGUACCUGUUAGUAGAAUGUAUCCAGCUGGCGAAGAAGAUUUUGCCAAUAGGCAAUGUACUAUCAAGUCUAAACACCAUAAGAAGGCAAAAAGGAAGGUGAAUAAGUCUGGCCAAGAUUCUACCAUUACACAUGACCUUUCCAGACCUGAUCCGCUCCAGCCCUUGCCGACGGCACCAGACCCCGGACGACUGCACAAUUCGGAACAACAUGGGAUCGAACAGCUUGUCCAUCGGCGUAAAAUGACUUGUACACAGUCCAGCCCACUUGGUCGAAGCAUACGCAACCGGACUGGAGAAGGAAACACAGAGUCACUGCUGCAAGUCAUUCCACCACAACAGGAAAGACCCAAAAGCCACACUAGUAACAGAGCGGACCAAUACUUGGACCAGUUAAACACCAGCUCCAAUCAAAAGCAGGUGGUAUCUUUCGAUGCUCUCAAGUAUCGAGAUUCCAGGCCCUUCCACAAAGUCACCAAUCCAAGGAGCUCGAUAAACAAACCUGUUCAACACGUAGAUCAUCAUGGGUCUUGGUCACCACAGGAGCGUCCGAACACCACACACUGGCAAUCUUCACCCUGCGUAAGACAACAACACAAACGCAUGUAUGCUCAGGGGCUUCCCCAAAAGUCUAAUCGUAGCGGUAGCUGGGGAUCAGGGCGGCGAAUACCCAACACAGCGACAAGCAAAGCUAGCAGCAGCCUCUUCGUGAGUCCAGACACAGCCCAGCGGAUGAUGAGCACAAUGUCUUCCAGUAAGCAGCCAUACAGAUCCCGAAAAAAGAAAACUCAGUAUCAUGGAACCCAAAACCAUGAGCAAAAAACAAGUCAGAGCGCACACGUGCGGUCGGCCACUGUCGAGACGGAUAUGCUGUCUAACUCUGCUCCCACACCAGAUCCAAGGCAUGUGUUCGGUAAGGUGACCAAAAUGGAGCGCAACAUGGAACGGCUGGAAGAGCGUUUGGGAGGAAGAUUUGAAGAAAGAUUAGAACAGAGGCUAGGAAGUAUAGCCAGGAACAUCGUCACGCAAUACCUUACUUCAAUGGUAAACUAA